GGCACUGGCACUGGCACGAUGUGCAGGCAGCGCGACCACAACUGGAGAUCAAGGCAUCUGACCAUGAAAAGUCUCCUCCGCCGCAUACCGAUGUGGGAGCCGCACAAGUUUGUGGCCAAUGCUCUCAUGCUGCUAAAUGACGUGGGCGAUGUGCAAACUGCUUUGACUGUGAUAAUAGCUUUUGGGGAGGCCCGCAAGCUGCUUCCCCUUGAAGAUACAUUGGUUGAGCAUUGGUUUCACACCUAUGUCGAUCAGCUGCAGCGCUACGAGCUGUGGAACGAGGCCUGCGAGGUGAUCAACCGAUCCUGGCUGCGUUCCGUGCAGCAACUGAAUCAGCACUCCACAGCAAUGCAUACAAAUUGCGGCAAUUGAGCCUUGAAGUCGAACACCACAU